UUUUUUUUUUGGUAUAUAUAGAUAUAGGUAGUUAUAUACACGGGUUGUGUGUGUGUGAAAAGGGGCAAAAAAGUUGGAUAAAUCUAGGGUUUGAGUAAUUUUUGUUGGUUUGAUUUGUUGGAAGCUAUGAGGAAGAGGCUUGAUACCAGAUUUCCUGCAGCUCGGAUUAAGAAGAUCAUGCAAGCUGAUGAGGAUGUGGGGAAGAUUGCCAUGGCUGUUCCUCUUUUAGUAUCAAAAGCUCUUGAACUCUUUCUGCAAGAUCUUUGUGACCGUACGUAUGAUAUCACCCUCAAGAAAGGAGCGAAAACUAUGAAUUCUUUCCAUUUGAAACAAUGUAUCCAGAGCUUUAAUGUGUUUGAUUUCCUCAAGGAUGUAGUGAGUCGGGUUCCUGAUCUAGGGGGGCCAGAUGCUGGUGCUGAAUCUGCUACCAAAAGAAGGAAAGUUGCUGAUGAAGACGAUCAUGACAGUGAUGAUGAUAUCAAAAGGAAUCACGCGAAUGAGACUGCAAACAACAGUAGUAGUGGGAGGGGACGAGGCAGGGGUAGGGGUAGAGGCCGUGGUAGAGGAGCACGAGCAGCAGAGAAAGGUGACUCCAAUGUUCACAGCGAAAAACUUGAAGAUCCUGCUGGUGUUUCACAUCAAAAGGAUGACGAGAAGCCAAAGCAAAACGAUGAAAGGAUGGUGGACUAUGUAGCAGAACCAGCAGCAGAUACAAAGAACAUUUCAGCUGCUAAAUCCUCAGAAGCCGUCCCCGCUAGAAACUUCGAUCUCAAUAUUGACUUAAACGAGAGUGUGGAAUCGACACCAAUACCAUCUGAAGCCCCUUCGUCAUCAACAGCUCCACCGCCUCCUGAAGUGCUUCUGCCUCCUGAAGUGAAGCAUGAGGAAAUCCCUGGAUGGUCCUUGUCCGAGAUGGAAAAGAUGGCCAUCGAUCCAAUUCAACUGGCCAACUUAAACAAAGGGUUAGACGAGGAAGAGGAAGAUUACGACGAAGAAGGAUAGGGAUUGUUAUUCUAAUGGUGUCGGAGCAGUUACAACUCACAUACAAGUAGGGCUUGUUCAAGUCUUUUAGGAAGUUUAGUUCAAGUGUAAAAGAAAAGGGGCAUCAUUGUCAAUGAAGCUCAGAUUUCUCAGGGUUUUUUUUUCCAGCUACUUAGGCACCUGUAUUUAUAGUCUUUUCUGUAUUGUUCACCAACAAACAUCUUAGGAAAAAGCAUGUACAAUGUCUAACUUCUAAUUCAGAAAUAUAUUCUAGGUUGGAGGUUACAUCCA